AUGGGGUUGUAUUUUACUAACCAAUCGACAACAAGUUUGGUUGGUUUUGCAGAUGCAGGGUAUUUGUCUGAUCCUCACACUCGACGAUCUCAAACUGGAUAUUUAUUCACAAGUGGAGGCACUGCUAUUUCAUGGUGUUCUGUAAAGCAAACCAUCACAGCCACAUCAUCUAACCAUGCAGAAAUAUUGGCGAUUCAUGAAGCUAGUCGAGAAUGUGUUUGGUUAAGAAGUGUAAUACAACACAUUCGUGGGUCUUGUGGUAUUUCUACGAUAGAUGAGGGACCGACAAUUUUACAUGAAGACAACGCAGCAUGCAUUGCUCAACUUAAGGAAGGAUACAUCAAAGACUUGUUUACUAAAUCACUUCCGACCUCUACAUUCAAGAAACUGGUUCAUGGGAUCGGGAUGCGUCAACUCAAGGAGCUUAAAUCAUCAGGGGGAGAAUAA